AUACCUACUUAUUAUUGUACGUCUGUAGGUUUAGUAUAGGUAUUACACGGGCACCUGCUGUGCUCAACGAGAACUAGGCUACCUUAGUGACGUCACCACGCGAACAGGUCAUAGGUCAGCGAGUGAAAAUGGGAACGGAUGAAGUUUGCUGAAGUUGUUGCUCCGGAGUAUAAAUACAUUCCUCAGCCUCCAUGUUCGCUGUAACCGACUUUACGAUAUGAGCGGAACACAUACAGCCGUCCACCAUGCUAGAAAGGGUUCUGACCCUCUGGUGUCGACAGCACGGGGAAAGUUACAGACGAAGAGAUCUAAAAUCAACGAUCAGAUAAACAGAGAACUGAGAAUGAGGAAUGGUGCUGAAAAUUUAUUUCGAGCCACAGGUAAUAAAAGGCUAAAGGAGCUAGUAGCUGUAGAACUGUCAUUCUUCAACUCCAAUAUCCAGCUCCUAAAAGAAGAAUUAUCUGAACUGAACAGUUCUAUGGAAGUUUAUCAACAUGACAGUGGCGGGGCGUGUGUUCCCAUGAUUCCACUGGGCCUGAAAGAGACGACAGAAUGUGACCUGACCGUCCCUCUUAAGGACUUUAUCAUGGAACAUUAUAGUGAAGACUCUGAAAACUACACAACUGAGAUUCAGGAACUCCUUGAUCUAAGACAGGCUAUAAGGACACCACAGCGUAAUGAAGAUGGGGUUAACCUUCUAACAGAGUACUUUAAUCAGCUGUAUUAUGUGGAGAGACGAUUCUUCCCACCAGACAGAGUUCUGGGCUGUCAUUUCCACUGGUAUGACUCCCUGACUGGUGUCCCUAACACCCAGAAGACCAUGGGCUUUGAGAAAGGCAGCGUUUUAUUCAACAUUGCAGCAUUACAUACUCAGAUUGGCUGUAAGGAGGACCGCACCAACCCCACUGGCCUGCAGUAUGCUAUAAACAGUUUCCAGAAGGCCGCUGGCACAUUCCGAUACCUACACAAUCACUUCUCCAAUGCCCCUAGUAUGGAUAUGCAGCCCCAGACACUAACGAUGAUGGUUCAGCUCAUGAUGAGUCAGGCCCAGGAGUGUGUAUUUGAGAGCAAGGUUUUUGGUGGCGUUGAAGGAAUUCUAGCUCAUGUAAAAGCGGCCCAGGAAGCCAUAGUGGUGUCACAGAUGUAUGAUGACACCCAGGUUCUGAUGGCCUCCGAGCCAAUGAAGGAUUACAUCCCAUACUCGUGGCUGUCCAUGACUCAGGUGAAAUCUCAGUACUACAUGGCAAUCGCCCACGAACACAUGGCCAGUGCAAUAUUGAAUCAUAAAGACAAUAAUGAUCACAUCAAACUCGGCCUGUACAUGGCUGCCCACCAGAACUCGGAAGUGGAUGACGAUAACAACAAGGUGGAAACGCCCCGCACUGAUAAGGAGAGACUUACACAUGGAAAGGCUCACUUAAAGGAAGCCUUGAUGAGCCAUGAGGAGGCCCUACGACUACACGACCUGUGUAAACAACUCAGAAAGAUCGACCAGUUCCUCGGUAUCCUUAAGCCCGGCCACGAUAGGUGUUUAGCUAGCUUCUCUUCAUUGGAAGAAGAAGACGAUUUCACAGAAAUUUUCAUGUCUCCAAAAAUCCAGCCAAAAUCCGAGCGUGUAGUUUCCCCUACUCCACCAGAGUUCACAAAGGUCAAAGUGACGGACAUCUUUCAGAAAUUGGGUCCUGUGUUGAUUUUCAAUGCCAAAAAUGAGUGGUCUGCUCCUCGGACCGUUGUGCUUGACCGCAGUGCUGUCCAGGGAUUUGGCUUCAGUGUCCGUGGCGACUGUCCAGUCAAGGUGGCGGAGAUCGAAAUGGGAAGUGUGGCUGAGGCUAGCAAGCUUAAAGUUGGUGAUUUUGUGGUGGCUGUGGGUAGCAAAGACUCCAAAUGGUUGAGACACGAAGAGGUUGUGAAUUUGGUCCGACAAUCUGGUAGCCAUCUUGAACUUACAUUAGUUACUCCCAUAAACAAUAGUAUGUUGGAAACUCCGCGACCGUCUUCUACACCAAGUUCUCCUGGAACUCCAAUGCGGAUGCAGAGUCCAGGAGAAAGUGUGUCCAGCCACAGUGUGAAAAGUAAUCGCAGCAGACUAAGUGCUCCCUGGAUUUUCAUCCGGAAAGGGUCGAAGGAAAAACAGGAAAAGCCGGAAAAAAGCAAAGAAUUUGAAGAUGGAGAUUUGUUUUUGCGAUAACUUUAUUUAAAAAGAUUGUUGUUUUGUCAGAAAAAGAGGAUGUGCACAUUAUCAAAAGACUUUUAAUCACAGUAUUAUGACUAACCUUUUAUAUAUUAUCAUAUAUUAUAUUUUAUUAUAUACAUUUUGAUAUGCAAUUGUUCAUUGUAAAAGCAAUAUCUACAUCUUGUAGGAAGAGAGAACCGAGAUUAAAAUCAAAAUUAUUG